AUGGAUCGUGCAUUGGAACAUCACCAGUCGUAUAUUGGUCGCCCUGUGGCUGAGCUGCCUUCGCCAUCUCUGGUCCUCAGCCUGCCGAUUCUAAAGCGCAAUACGGAGGCCCUGCUUCAAGAUGUCGAAGAUCUCGAAAUCGCGUUCCGACCCCACGUCAAAACAUUGAAGACACUCGAGAUGACGAGAUUGAUGUUAGCCGGGGGAAAAUUCCGCUCAAUUGUAGCAUCAACGGUUACCGAGAUCAAGGGUUGCUUGCCCCUAGUUUCAGAAGGUAUCCUGGAUGAGUGUGUAUACGGGUUUCCUGUUUACCCAAGUGUACUCCCGGAGCUUGUUCAACUGCGCCAACAUCUUGAAAUCAUCCUGAUCAUAGACAAUGAGCAACAGAUUGACCUACUAGAGAAAGCGGAUCAUGGCAAGCGGUGGGAAAUUUUCAUAAAGCUUGAUGUCGGUGCUCGACGUGCUGGUGUCGAUCCCAGCAGCCCUGUGCUCGACAGGCUUAUACAACGAGCCAACGCCAGCCCAGCCAUGUCUAUCUACGGCUUUUACUGCCACGCCAAUCACUCCUACGGAGGCCGUACUCGGAGAGAGGCUGAAGACAUGCUGAAAAUCGAGAUCGACAGCCUUCUGGGUGCAGCUGAGCUGCUUCCCAGUGACCGCAAGGUGGUGUUAUCCCUUGGUGCCACACCUACGGCCCACGUCAUCAAGAGUCUCAAGGCCAAGGCGCCCGAGAACGUGCAGAUAGAGCUGCAUGCCGGUAACUUCCCCUGCAACGAUCUCCAACAAGUUUCGACGGGUGUGGUCACAGAGCAAGAUCAAGCUGGUCGAGUGAUUGCUGAUGUCUGCAGCUUGUAUGAGGAGAGAAAUGAGGCGCUAGUCAAUGCAGGCGUCACGUCUUUAUCCAGGGAAACAAGUCCAGCAUAUCCCGGAUUUGGGAGGAUUGCCAGUUAUCCAAAAUGGGGCAUUACUCGCAUGUCACAAGAGCACGGCAUCUUGGGCCUGAUGACUGAUGAUAAAAGUACCGAAAGGGCUGAGGUCACUUUCAAGGUUGGACAGAGGUUGCAUAUAUACUGCAACCACAUCUGCAUUACGGCUGCUGCCUUUCAGGUUUAUUUCAUCGUAGAUGAAAACGACAUUGUUCAAGAAACAUGGAUACCAUGGAAAGGCUGGUGA